AGUUCAACCGCCUCUAAUGGUUACGAUGUUGUGACUAGGAUUAAGAAAGGAAUACUUCUGUUGUGUGGAAGAAAUAAUGAAUAAAGAAAGAGUGACAAAGCAAAUUUGUGCUGCAGAUGUGAAGUCUUUAAUAGAUUUUUUAUUAAAGGCUUAACUAAAGUUUUUUGACGCAUCCUCAUUUUGGCCGACUGAGGUAGAGACAGACACCAACAAUUAAGUACACAUAGUAGGUCGAUGAUCGUAAUAUUUUCAUUAUAAAUUGGUAUUUGUAUGUACAGUCAGUAGAGCACAAAAAUAGCUUCCCGGGUGUCGCUGCUUACACGCAGCCAGUAGACAGAGAACCGCCGGUCGCCUAACGCGGUAAAUUCUCGUCUACACGCUUUAUAUAGUGAUUUAUCUUAGUGUUUCAUUGGAACACGGUUGUCCAAGUGAUUUAACAGUGAUAUUUAACUUCCAAAGUGUUAACAAUAGUGAAAUGAGAGAAUGUGAGUUCGCAGAAUUAUCUAGUGAUUGGAAAUAGUGCAUGUUGAUUGUGAACCUUAUGAAGAAGAGAAAAGUUGCCAACGUAAUGAACUCAAACAAAUAAACAUGAAUAACGGCACCAAGCGAGCCUUGACGGGCUCUAUACAUAAAAUUAGAGAAUUUGAGUUAGAAAAAGUAUGUUUGGUCGAAGAAUUUGAUAUUCUACAAAUAGUUGGAGAGGGAUGGUUCGGAAAAAUACUUCUAGUGGAACACAGAGCGUCCGACACAGAAAUUGUUCUCAAAGCUUUGCCUAAGCCCUAUGUGUCUAUUAGGGACUUCUACAGAGAAUUCCAUUAUAGUCUUCAUUUAAGUGCACAUAAAAACAUUGUGACUACAUUCGAUGUCGCGUUCGAGACAGCUGGAUUUUAUGUAUUCUGUCAAGAAUACGCUCCUUUAGGUGACCUAACUUCGAAUAUGCUCGAUACUGGAAUUGGAGAAAUUCACACUAAAAGAGUGGCAAAACAAUUAGCAGCUGCAUUAGAGCACCUUCACCAAAGAGAUCUUGUACAUAGAGAUGUAAAACUAGACAACAUUCUGAUAUUUAAAUCGGAUUUUUCAAGAAUAAAGCUCUGUGAUUUUGGCGAAACAAGGAAAGUACAAGCUGCUGUUAGAAGAAGAAACGAAUGGCUGCCGUAUUCCCCACCAGAAGUGUUAAAACUGCCGAUGGAUAGCAGCUACAAAGCCCUAAUUAGUCAUGACAUAUGGCAGUAUGGUAUAGUUAUCUUUAUUUGCCUGACUGAGUGUUUACCUUGGCAGAAAGCAGCGUUCGAUGACCCCAGAUAUGUCAGUUACUUAAAUUGGUACAGUAGUGCAAAUCCUCUGAAAAAGCAGCCGAAAUUAUGGAAAAUGGUUUCUUCGAGAGCCCAAAAAAUGUUUAAGAAAUUUAUAGAACCAAGAGAAGAUAAAAGAGCUACAAACUUUGUAGAGCUUUCUAGAUGUUUAGAUGACCGCUGGAUGGCGAAAGGAUAUACGGACAGAGUAGCCGGCGGUGAUAUUGAUGAGUUGUGUCCUUCAAUGUACAGCUAUCACAGUGAUCCUAAUGAAAAAAAUAUCCUAUUGAAGCAUUUCCGUGACAAUGGUGUUGAAACUGUAGUUGAUCGGCAAGCGAAGAAGCAAAGGAUUCGCGAAUGGAUACAGAAUAGUGUUAUUGAGGAAGCGGAUGAAGAGGAGGAAAGCAAUUACGAUCCUAGUCUUAUAGAAGAAAGCGAUGGUGAACUAGAAGAGAGGUCAAGACCUCAUCCAAUCGAUGAAAGUCAUAGAAUUACUCUUCGUUAUGACACAGAAAAGCACAUAAAUCCACGUACGGGUGAAAUCAUCGAUGGUGUGAAACAUCCAGACAAAAAUCCUUUAUCUUACGAUGUCAAAAAUAUAGAACCAGUUGCGCCUGGAAAUAUCGCAAGAAGAUAUGGAGUAAAAGAAGAUGUUUCAUCGCAUAGCUCUACAAAAGACAGUGCAUAUGGUUCUUUAGACGUCAAUCCACCACCGAAAACUUCCACAAAUAGACCAGAUAUAAAACACAUGUCUGUCGAUAGAGCAAGUGACAUCUCUGCGAGUAGGUCGUUAGGUGGUUCAUCGAUUCGACAAAAUACGCCACCCUUAUCUACACAUGUUCAGAGGUUUCAGAAGAGCGAAGAAGUUUUCUCAAAAGAAAUGGAAAGCAUAAAAGGAAGUACAUCGACAAUACACUCCUUAGGCAAUUCCUCUAAAUCUAACAGUCUUUGUGUGACACGAAAUAGUUCUUUAGAAAGCACUACAAAUGUUAUCAACGAUAUGCCUCUGGAAAAUGAAAAUUCGGGCUCAACAUCCCGACCUAAUAAUCCUGUAAUAACACAAAACGGUUUUAGCCCCGGUUCUAAACAGAAUCAAAACAAAACUCAGCCUUACGUGUCUAUGAAAAACACAAUCUAUGAAAGUGUAACUUCCCGAAUAGACAAUAAUCAAAAUAAAGAAGAUGAUAAUUCAAAUAAUGCUUCGGAGAGUCCAUACACAUCAAUGAUGAAUAUUGUUCAAGGUCAGAUAAAAAUUAGCCCGCUGGCUAAUGAGUCUGACAAAAAUAUUGUCAAUGUGUCGGUAACAUCAAUCAACCGAAGUAAAAUCUAAUUGCUCAAAUUGAAAAUACGUUAUUAAAUUUACACCAUUUUAUAUUUAAUUAAAUUUGAUCUUGGUUUUGCCAUUUUUCUACUAGAGUCAAACGAAAUGCUUUUAUAAAAAUGUUUUUCAUAAACGAUACCACACAGAAACAUGCAUGAAUGAGAAAAGUGGUUUAAUUUUCAAAUAAUAGUGUAUGUACAUUUUUAUAUUAGGUUCGUGAUUAGGUAAUGCUGACUACUUAUAAUAAAAAAUCCUAAUGUAUCAUACAUAUUUCUUUCUAUUGAUUGAAUUGUAAAUCACCUACAUAUAUUAAUUAGUUAUUUUACAAUAAUUUCUUUUAAAUAUAAAUAACUGUAAGAUUCCAUAAUAUAAUUAUGAUUUCCUUGUUAUAGAUCUAAGGAUGGAUUUCCACAUCCAUCCCUAGAUCGAUGACGUCUUUGUUAUAAUAUAUUUAUUUUAUUCGGAAAACAAACAGUCAUUCAUUGCUUUUUUACGUAAAAAUUUAAUAAUUUUAGCAAGCUGUAAGUUUGGUUUCGUGAAUUUUACAGAUGAUUGUUAUCGAUUAAGCGGUUUUUAAUCGACUUCAAAAAAGAUUAUUGAUACGAGUGUAUUUCAUUUUUAUCCGACUUCAAAAAGGAGGAGGUUCUCAAUUCGUGUGUAUGUUUUUUUGUAUGUAUGUUAUGCGAUAUCUUCGCAGAUUGUGUACCAAUUUUGAUGAGUUUUUUAUUAAAUAGGUUAUAAUUCAAGGGUGGUCUCAUAUAAUUUUUUUUGAAAAACUCCACCCAUAAGGGUAGCAAAUAAAUAAUUUAUUUUUUAGCAAUUUGAAGUUGGUUUUUCUUUUUGUUAAAAGUUAUAAUUAUUCGAUGCAUGUACUAUGCUAUCUCCGAAAUAAGUAACACGAUUCAGCUUACAAUUUAUUCGCAGUUGUUCCUUAUACAAGUAUGUCCGCUCAUAAUUACUUAUAAACUUAAUUUCUAUUUAAAUUCUAUUUAAGUUAAACUCGCUAAAAAUACUAUUAGGACUAUCGGAAAGUUUUGUCGGUUUUUGUAAACAAAAGUCGCGGUUAGCUUUAAAGAUGUAAUUGUUUAAUUCAAGCCAAUAACAUAGUACUUUUACAGAUUUUCUACUUCUACUUCCUUCUUCCAUCUGUAUACUAACUUAUAGAUGCCAUUCCAAUAUAUUUUUUCUUUUGGCACCAAAAAUCCUUAAGUUUCAGAACAUUCACCUUCCCGACUCCUCCUCCCAUUUCACUCCUCAGGUACAGCAUUGAUCUCCACCAGUGCUAUGGACAAGCUCCAGGAAAACGAGUAUCCGUUUCCUUCUUGACCUAAGUGGGGGAUUUGUUCUAUGGUUCAGCCGAAGACCACGCUUCGGCAGCGAAGGGGUUGGGGAGAGCGGCGCAUUGCAAUAUCGACAGUCCUCUCCCCUGGCAGCUCCACCACAUUAGCGGUGCGGCCCCGCCUGAGUUGCGAAAUAUAGAGUGAGUGGUGCCUCCCGAUACUAACACUCCUUUUCCUCAAAGUUCUCUUUGUCUUUGUCGGCUGGACAGGAUCAAUCCUCACCCUCCAAAGUGGGCUCGCUAUGUUAUAGUUCGCGCGGUACCCACUGAAAUAUUCGAUACCGUAAAUAUUAUGACGCAAUAUUAUUUUAUACCAUUACAUACCACAAUGGUAUGUAUGGUAUAAAAUAAUAAUGCGUAGAUAGAAGAAAUAAUUUGAAAAAUGUCUGUAUCCUACCAAAACCGACAAAUUUUAUCGUAAAAAAUUUACGUUUUUACCAUUGUAUACAUCUUAGUUUGAAGUCUGUACGAAAUUUUUAUUCCAUUUUACAUGUAAAAUAUCAACAUAAUUAAUAAGCUAUGCUCUUCACUGAGAACCUUUAUUUUUUUAAUCCUACAAUGCGUCCGGCAAAGACUUCUAUGUACACUACAACACGGGCACUAUGGUCUAAGGUAUUAAUACAUUGCGCACUUAGUUACGGUCAAUUCUCCGUAACUUAUUUACGCGCCUGCGAGUGGGCGAGCAGGCUAGUUUUUUGUUUUGUAAACCGGAACGCUGUUUUCGACAAUCUAACACAGAUUUUGUAAUUUAUGUGCGCACUUUGUCAACUUGUUUUAGGGUUUUUUUUUUUCAGAUAAAUAUGUAACAUUAUUUUGUAUUUACCUAAAAACAGUAACUGUACUAUCGUAAAUGAAAAUGCAAUUGCCUGGAAUAUUUUUCAUGCCAGCUACCUACCUUGUCGGCGAGGCCCAUCCGCGCGAUCCACAGCUGUGACACAGUUUUUAUUUUGAAUUGUCGGUCUCGUAGUAUACAUAGAAGUCUUUGAGGUCCGGUCCAAGAUUUUGCAAUCCAUACCAUACCAUAUACAUACCCUUUUAACUUUGGUUUAAAUAUAUUAAAAACGUAUGUUCUUACUCUACUCUCUACAGAUAAAACAGCAAAGUGUUUUUGUAACUAUUAUAUAAUAUAAUUUCAUUUAAAUAAUGAUCUGAAUCUGCUGAAAAAUGAAAACAUAUAUUAAGCACAGUUGUAAUUAAAAUGUAAGAAUUAUGUACCUACUGUGAAUAUUAUUUCCACUUUUUGCACGUAUUAUAAAAUUCCCUGUUAUCUUUUAUUUUUCUCCAAUAGUUUAGUUUGUUAAGAAAAAUAUGAUACUAAAAGCAUUAAAUAAAAUGUUAUAAAACUUUGAUGCUUAAAUUACUUUACGACUUACGACAAACUUAGGAUAUUUACCCAAAAAAUGUAAUAAAUUGCUCAAUUGUCUUG